GGCACGAAGAUUUGGGAGUGAAGAUGAAAGUAUAUUCUAUUUUCAGCUCUGGGCGUUUUUUAGUUCUGCUUUGUCUUUUUGCUGCGGAAGGCAAAAAGUCGCCUACAGGAAAGCAUACUUGCCGAAAAGGACUCCUCUACCAAGUGACAGAGAACCUGUAUAUCAAGGCAACUAGUUUAAAAUCAUCUAUUCCUAAGGAUCUCAUCAAGAACACAAGAUUGCUUAAAAAGACAACAAAAAUGCUGUUCAUGACAAACUGCAGUGUUCGACAUCAGCUCCUCUCCUUCUAUGUGAAAAAUGUUUUCAGUCAUCUUGGAGCAGCACGUGACAGGUUGUACAUUACAAGUGCCUUCCAGGUCCUGCAAGCAAACAUGAAUGCCUGUCUUCCAUGUGCGCCAUCCACAAGGUUAACUUCUGCUGUCAAAAAGUUAAAGAAAACAUUUCUUAAGCUUGGAGAGGAGGGAAUCUACAAGGCCAUCCAUGAGCUGGAUAUUCUCCUUCCCUGGAUUCAGGCCUACAUACAAACCAUCACAUAAAGAACAAGGAAGCGACAGACAACACACUGCUUCUGUGCUAAGAACAGAUCCUUAUCCCAACGGCCCAAAAAUCAACCAAGAACUGGACAUACAAGUGGCCUGUCAGUAACUCUGUCCCACUGAAAGAGAGCUGCUGUAACACAGUGGCAUAAGGGAUUUCCAAGAGCUUUCACGGCUGGCCUGGCAUAGCAGCUACACCUGUCCUGCACUACGAGAGCAGCUACUGGAGCAGUUAUAGCAUGAUAAUGUACUUCUAGACCUGUCUGUCUGCCAGCUGCCUCACAGGCAGCCCCCAGACACAAUCCAUGAGCAUAACUUGAAAUCUGCUACUGUGCAGAUCAGGCAUAAUGUCUCAUGUACCAUGGGCAUGAUCUGACCAAGCCUUGUGCCAUCCUGUGCAAUUAAAAAUCAAAGCAAUUAAGACAACUUUUGAAAAUCCCUCUCCUAAGUUACACUUGGUUUUUUUGUUGUUGUUUUAUUUUGUUUUGUUAGAGCUCUACACAAGUCAUGCUACAUAUAAACAAGAACAUCAAUUAUAUAAUGAUUAUUAUUAUUAUUAUUGUUAUUAAUUUAAGGUAAUAAUUGAUACCUAAUAAACACACUCCAAUUAAUGUUAAAACUUUGGUCUGUUACUCACGCAUGACCUUCACAUGUCACAUGUUCUACAUGAGAUCACACAAUGCAGAAAAUACAAUAAAUGGAUUGCCUUUGACUAGGAUUGUAGAAUGAUUUGGGAGAGAUUUAUGGGAAGUUGUUACUCAAACGAUGACAGUGGUUUCCAAGAUAUCUUUCACAUAGUACAGAAUGAAGAUGAAGUUCUAGCUUUCUCACUUUUUAAAAAAACUACCAGAAGAAACUCUGUAGAUAAUGAAAAUAUUCCAAAUCUUCAUGUUUGCACUUCCAUGGGGGUGAGAUUGUGCAAAAUUUCUGAUCUCAUAGCUCUGCUACGUUGGGGCAUUGAAUACAUCGGUGUGAUGACACUGAAGAACCUGAGCCGCUUCCUCCUCUGUGUUGUGGCCUCUACAACCAGGGGUGGUGGUUGGUCUCUGACAA